CUCCCCAGGAACUCGGCUCUUAACGUUUCCGCCACACAAAAUGGAUAAAGGUGACCAUGAUUCAGCGGGGGGACCAGGCGGCCGCGGUGCCCGCUGCAGCUUCGUCCGCUCCCACCGUUUCCACAUCGUCGUCGGUAUUGCCGUGCUGCUUAGUCUGGUCACCGUAGGACUUGUCUGUCUGACAAUCAUCAGAGAGACGAGUCCCACAUCACCUGACAGGACUACAGAAGACCUUGGCUCCCGUAACAACAGUAAGCCAUUCCUCUUGGUGGCUGACUAUGGAACAGAAAAUGAAGCCGGCGCCAUUCUACAAGUUGACAUUACUUCCGGGUCAAUGGUCAAGCUUCCACUGGAUGUGGACUCGCCAAGGGCCCUGGACUACGACCCGCUCACCGACUACGUGUACUGGUCAGAAAAGGACGGCUACAUCAAACGAGCUUGUCGUGAUGGAAGUGGCAUGGAGACCAUCAUAGAUCUCAUAGGUACCGAUUUCCCAAAGACGGACGGAUCGUCCGCCAGGACACUUCUGACGUCACCGGUCACAUGGACCACACCCGACCUCGUCCUGGACCCCAGGAAUGGGUGA